GUCGAGCAAAUGGAGUAAGAAUGAGUGUGUGUCGGCCAGGAGACGGUCUUGCAAUUUACGCAGCAGCAAAAUGGGCGACCGAGCCAGGGGCCUGACCAUCGACGGCGUGAGACCCAUCAAAGAUCUGAAGGUGGUGGAGCUGAAGGCGGAGUUGGAGCGUCGCGGCCUCUCCAAAUCGGGCAGUAAAAAGGAGCUAGUGGAACGUUUGCGAAGUUGUGUGCAAUUUGAGAAUACAAAACGCAAAGCUAAAGCUGCCAUCAGCGAAGAGGAAGUUCCGAAUAGAUGGCUGCAUAAUGAUGCUAAUUUAAACCUAGACAACGACUUUAUCCGCGAGUAUUUUAAAUCGCAGCAAGUUCUAUAUAAGCAGCAGAUAGAAGCACGAAGACAAUAUAGAGAAACUGCGGGUGCAGCAGUAACACCUGCGGGGAGCGAAAACACCACCCAGGCAUCAGAUAGCGCAGUAGCUUCCUCUUGCCACCAAGACCUUGCAAGUGGUGGAACUGGCAGGGAAAGCUGCAGGGAGGGUGAAAAUUCCUCUGUCAACACCACCUCCAUCACCACAACAGCCCCCAAAGCAUCAUCCACUGUUCAUACUGCCAAAGCGACUAACUUGUCCAAAGCAUCAGUAGUAGGCCUUCCCCAAAAGUCACCUGCAGGCUCCAUUAGUCAUACAUUAAAGUCCCCCACUACUAAUCAUUAUAACAAUAACAAUAAUGAAAAUAAUAACAAUGCAGAGUCUUCUCAUCACACCACUUAUUCUUCAUCACUUAUCUCCAAGCCCACUCAUACCACCAAAAAUUGUAAACAAACAUCUAAGUUAGUUGUUCAUCCUUCAUCUUUUACCAUUAAAACAGGUAGCACUGAUUCUUUAACUUCUGUAUCACCCAAAGAGAGGUCUGUUACGCCACUUACCCUCAAGGUCAAAAAGUCUACAUACCAAGUUACCUCUGCUCUAACUUCGUCAGAACUCCCAUCAUCUUCAUCUUCACCAUCAUCAUCAUUGUCUUCAUCUCUUAUAUCUAGUAGACCUAGUAGAAGCUCUGCCCGUGCUUCUCGAGCCCUCAGCAGAGUAUCUUUAGAGGACUCCGAUGAAGAUGAAGACUCCGAAGGGCCUCGAGAAAAAUCUCCACCUCAGAGACGCUCACGCAAGCGCUCUUCUAGGUCUUUGCAGGCCUUGGAAGACCCUGAUUACCAUGCAAGUGGGACUGUUAACAUUGUUGGGAGUUGCUCCAGCAGCGAUCUCAAAGACAGAGUGCCGUCUCUUAAAAUUAAGUUACCUGAAUCUGUGCCUAACACAAGUAUAAGUGCAAGUUUAAGUAGUGAAAAACCAAAGAGUAUUGAAAGUGUGACUAAUGUUAAGGUAAACGCAAACAGUGUAUCCGAAGUGAGUUACAGAAGACAUGUUAAGAAUAAACGCACCGUAGACAAACGGCCAAGUGGUUAUAAGGAAGGUAAAAUUUCGGGAAGUGAAUUUAGAACUACCAGUGAGUGUUCAGAUGAUAGAGUUGUAUCUAGAGAGUCUGCAAAGAGUAGGUGUAAAAAUAAUGAUGAUCUCGGUACGAAAGAGGGAGAAUACCGCAUUCCACCUAUCUUACCCGACGUGGCACAACCUUGUGCGAAAGCUAGUUCAGACUCCGAUCAUGAUAGUGAUAGCUCAACACAGGGACCAGACUAUGCAAAUUUCCAGCCAACUGUAUCCUUGAAAAGAUUGGGAAAUUAUCCAUUGUGUGAUGUUGUUACCAAAGAAAAAUCCGGUGGGGCUCGCAAGCCUGAACGCAGUGAAGUUGUUUCAAAACAUCCGUUUGGUGUAAACAUCCCCGACUGUAUAGAAAAAAUCAACGUCAGUGAUUCAGAGACGGUUAUCCAUCCAAUUACAUUGUCAAAGACUUCUGCAGGGAAGUCUUCUUUAGUGGAAAAGACUCCUAAACAAGUCAAGCCCAUUUUGGAAUCAGGGUUACCUGUGCCAGAAAAGCAGAUUCAGAUUCCCACUAAAUGUAAUGAAUUGGAUGAAAAGCAAACAAACGCUACAGCUAAACAAACACACCAGCAUGAGAAGUUUCCUACCAUUCUUCAUAAAGAAUUAACUAAAGUCCAGCCAUCAGUAACAGUAGUUGCCUUGCCAAAGAAACCAGAAACAUCACCUGGGGUAGAAAUUCUACCUGAAGACAUACCAAAUAGAUGCACUGAUGUAAAAAAAUCUAAGACAGAUGAUCCCCUUGGUAGUAAGGAUACUUUGUUAUUUAAGGUAGGGGAAGAACCAGCAAAACCAGAUGUAAUAUUACCGAAUACAAAGGAUCAACCUGUUUUACAGAGUCUAUCUGAAGUUCAAGAAUUGGAUAGUAAAAUUAUAACCUCAGAGACAAAGUCAUCCUUAAAAUCUCUUAGUUUGUUAGAUAACACUUCAAGUGAUUGUACAGCUACACAAAGCAAAGUUAAAAGUAAAAUUCCAGAAAUAGUUGCCAUUAGUAAUCCCUUGCAGCCUCUUAAAAGCACCGGCAGUGAAAGUCAUUCGGCAAGUACUCAUCCAAGUCAUGAUAUAGUUCAUGAAGACAAAACUGUGAUAAGUAGUCCCAGUGAAGCGAAAAAGCUAAUUGGUAGUAGUACAAAUUUGGUGUGUAAGAAGGCUGAUGUGGAAACUAAAGAUUUAACUCCGUCAGUCGAAGAGAAAAGUAUUGAAACUAAAGAUGUACAUAAAGAAAGCUUGAAAGAGAAAAGUAUUGAAACUAAAGAUGUACAGAAAGAGAGCUGGAAAGGUAUAGAAGUUGGAGGACAUUUAUCGCAGACCCCGUCAGGUAAAACUGCUGCGAAUGUGUCCAAUGCAUCAGUUAAAACAAAACUCUGGGAAAAAUUGUUAGAUACAGCCAAAAGAAAAGUUAUUCCUUCUGUAGAAAUUGUACCUGCAGGUCAGAAAAGCAGUGUGCCAGACACUGGAAAUGACAAGGAAGUUAACAAAGAUUUUGUAGUAAAAUCAGAGGAAUUUCAUGAAAAAAUAUCAGGUGAAAUAUUGGAGAACUUAAAAUUGGACACUAACAUCCCAAAGGAGGAGGAGGAGGAGGAGUCGUCUGUAGAGAAGAAAAGCUCAACAGAACUUGACUCGUCCAAAAGUUCACCAGUUGUUGAGGAGGAUGGUAGUGACCACGCAAAGUUGGUAAACACACUAAUUCUGUCACUGGAAGAUCAAGAUAAAGGAGGGAAUAAGUCAGAUGUAAAAUCGGAGCUACUUAUGAAAGAUGACGAUCAUAAAGAUAUUUCUGAAACUUUGUCAAAGGUAACCGAUGAAGAAAAAUUUGAACUAGAGCAGUUUUUAAAAUUUGACAAAGAGCAGUUUGGAAAUGUUGGUCCUUCUGAGGUAGUGGGGAAUGUUGCUAGUUUUAACUCAAAGGUAGUCCAAGAAACGGAGGUUCUACCAACCAGCUCUCUUAUUAACCCAACUCCUUUUCUGCUUACUGAUACUUUAAGUAAUGAUGAGAAUGAGGAGGAGAGGGUGAAUCGUCAGCUUAUUGGAUAUGUGACCGUAACUCCAGUUGAUCCCCAGACAGCCUCUGACUAUGAAGAAUCUGCAGGAAUUCUUAAGAGUGAUAGUACAGUUGAUAGGCAAGAUUCAAACAAAAGUGUCCCAGAAGCAUCUACUAAUCUUGUCAGCGAUGUUGACACUAUACAGAAGGCAGAUGAAGGUACAAGUGUCCAACAGGAAAGUGAGACAAGUAAUUCUGUUACUGCCAAACCGUUCCAGUCAUCACAAAAGGAAGCUUCUACAGAUGUGGUUUCAUGCAAAGAAGAAACAGCAACUGGUAUUCCAAGCAUCUAUGCAAAGGUAAAACUUGAAAAGUACAUAAAUUAUGAGUCACAGCUUACUCCUGUAGGACAGUUAAAACAGGUUUCUUUGGAUAGUUCAUCUCUACAGACACAUUCAACAAAAUUGCAUGAUGUAAGUGCUUCAGAAGUCACACCAACGAAGUCUUCGGUUGAUACCUCAUGUCUGCACGCACCAACUAAAGUGCAUGAUGUAUGUGUUUCAGAAGUCACACCAGUGAAGUCCUCAUUGGACAGUUCAUCUUCACUGACACCUUCAACAAAGUUGAAUGAUGUAUGUGCUUUAGAAGUCACACCAGGGAAGUCCUCGGUGGAUACUUCAUCUCUACAGACACCUUCAACGAAGUUGAAUGAUGUAUGUGCUUCAGAAGUCACACAAGUGAAGUCCUUGGUGGAUAGUUCAUCUCUACCAACACUUCCAACAAAAUUGCAUGAUGUAUAUGCUACAGAAGUUACACCAGUGAAGUCCUCAGUGGAUAGUUCAUCUUUACAGACGCCUUCAACAAAAGUACAUGAUAUCUGUGCUUCAGAAGUCACACAAGUAAAGUCCUCAGUAGAUAGUUCAUCGCUACAGACACUUCCAACAAAAUUGCAUGAUGUAUGUGCUUCAGAAGUCAAGUCCUUUGGCAAAAUUCCAAAAAAAGAAGAAUUGCCAUCUGUAGAAAGGGAUGAUAAAACUCCCUGUGUUUCUGAAAUUUUGGUAGAAGAAGAUAUUUCAAAAGAAAAGACACCACUCUCAGUUCCUGAAGGAAUUGUGUGUGUUAAUCCUACCAAGGAUGUAUUAGAUUCUCAGAUAGGUUCAAAGGUAGUGGAACCGUCAGCCAAAGAUGAUGAUAGGAAAGGUGAAGAAGAUACCAGCGUGGUUUCAAGUUCUGUAAAUGAAAAGAAAAUACCCACAGGUCCCUCUGAUUCACCUGUCACAAAAGUAGGUACAAUAACAUCUGUUGUCACUGGUGAAGUAGACCAAGAAAUUUCAACUACCAUAAACACAGGGUCUCUGAAAGAAUUCUAUAAUAAAUCUGAAAUUAGUAAGGAAUCCAUGACUUGGGAAGUAAAACCGGUCUGCAAUUUAGCCACUGCUACAAAAGGAGAGAGCAUUGUUACAGCAAAAGCAGAGGCUGGAUCGGAAGUGGCAGUUGUCCUUGGUAAGCUCAAGAAAGAGGUUGAUAAACUAGAGAAUGAAAAAACCACCAUUAAUAAGGAUCAGAAUGAGGAUGACAAUGUGGAGAGGGAAAAAGCUACCAAUGAUAAAAUUAAGACAGAAACUGAUAUUUUAGAAAAAGAAAAGGCAAGUACUAAUGAUAUCAUCUCUGGCUCAAAAGAAGAUACAACAUCACCGAAUAAAAAACCCCGGUUAAGUAGAACAACUGUUUUCAGGAGAGAGAUGAAUGAUGAUGAAAAUGUAUGUGCAUCUGAAGAUAUAGGAAAAAAGGUUGAGGUUCCACACCUAAUAGGAAAAGAUAGCAGUUCUGAAACACACAAGAAUGUUGCAGAAGACAAGACUUUUCCUGGUAAAGAAGAGUCCUCAGAAAAAGUAACACAAUCCCAAACAGAAUCUGAUGCAACAUGCAGUACUGAUGGUUCAAAUUAUGGUAUCCCUAAAGUUGUUGAAAAUAGAAAAACCCCAAGUGCAAGCACGAUAGAAGCAGCCCCUCCCACGGAAGCAAAAUUAUCAUCAUGCAGUGCAGCAGUAACUGAUUUAGUUUCAAGCAAAAAUUUAGAUCAAGGAGGUAAAGAAAGCACAAACAGUGUAGCAAUCCUUUCAUCAUUGAAGUCUUCAGCUGGUUCAGAUAUUCCUAUUUCGAGUAGCAAAUCCCUUUCAGAAAGAACCGGUGAAAAUUUAGUUAAACCAGAUGAUAGAGAAACAGAAGUAAGGAAGGGUGACACUACCAGUACUAUUCCAGGUUCAAGUAAUGAUAGUUGCAACAAUGCAGUGUCUACAUUUUUAAAACCUUUACAAUUACUGUUGCAUAUUGAGAAUAAGGGCAAGGAUUCACCUGCACUUCAGGAAGGUAUCUGUAGUGAAAAUAGUGAGAAAAUUCCAGCAUCACUAUUUGAGUCUGAUCCGAACAGUAGGAUCAGUAAACCAAUCAUAUCAGAUUCCACCUCCUCGAAUAAUGAUAGUAAGGUACCCGUAAGCAACAAAAUCUGUGAUGAAGGCACAAAAAGUGUUGAGGCUGAUACAUCUAUGCCAGCUUUGCCUGCUAAAGGUGAAGUUACCACUACUUCAAGGAAAUCCUCCAACACAAGCACUAAAACUUGUGAAGUUGAAGAUCAAACCAAUGUGGCUGAGUCUGAUGUAAUUCCUGGAACCAGUGGAGUUGAUGAACUUAGCAGUAUUGGUUCAAAGGAAAGUAAAUCUAGUAUAUCAGUUCCCCAGUUGCUUAUAGGUGCGUUGAAGUCUGAUAGUUGUGAUGUAAGAAUUGUUUCGGACUCCCAUGUACUGGAGAGUUCUCAAGGCAAAGAUGUUGCUUUGGGAAAGGAUACCACCUCUCCUAAUAAUUCCAGUACUCUUGAAGUUGGUCAUAACAAGCCAGAUGCAACAUUGCCUGUCUCUGCAGGUUUUGAGAAGGAACUAAAAGUUGUAGCACCGUGCAAAGUAUCGGACACAAAUAAUGAAACUGCCAAAGCUGAAAAAGUGAUUGAGAGAAAAUCGUGUAGUCAGGAUGAACACCAGGUGAAGACAACUUCUGAAGUGAAGCUAAAAACAAAGAGAGAUAUUGAUAAGACAGUCCAAUCUACUGCAGAAGCACACAAGAAAGAACAGACAAAUAAAUCUUCAGAGGAGGAAGUGAAAGAAUUUUCAGGAAAACAUGAAAAAGGUCUGACUAUUACGGAUACUACAGAGAAAGGUCCAACAAUUGCAUCUACCCUGGAGAAAGUUCAGAUAAAAACUGCUGCUCUGCAGAAAAUUCAAUUAGAAAUAGCUGAUCUUGAGAAAUCUGGAACAAAUACAACUGGCCAGGAAGUUCAAUCAGCUAUGGUUGAAGAGGUGCAGACAAAAACAUCGGCCCGGGAGAUAGUCCAACAGAUUCCAGCUUCCAAGGAUAAGGUACAGUCAGAUGUAGCUACUCUUGAAUCAGCCCAACCAAAAGCAUGUUCUCAUAAGGAAAUCCAAGCAAAAACACUGGAGAAAGAUCAACCAAGUAAAACUGCAAGUGAAAACACUUCAACAGAUACAACUGCUCCUGAGAAAAUCCAAAUUGAUACAAAAGCACUUGAAAAAGAAAAGACUAAUCCUGAUGAAAGUAAAACAGCAGAAUUGUCUUUGCCUGAAAUGGUACGUGCAUUUGCUGAUUCUAAUAGUAAGGGAAGUGAAGUAACUGAUGCAGUCAUCUUAAAGUCAAGUGAACAUUUAGCAAGUAAGCCCACACCUGUGGUCAUUGACAGAGAUAGCAAGAACAAAGGAAUAGAGGAAGGGACAUCUAAGUUACCUGACCCUAACGGUGAUGGUCUGACCAGGGUAAUGAAGCCUAUUCAGAGUGGUUCUGCUAAUCAGGGUGAUGUAGCUCUCGCUGACUUCAAAGUAAGCGACACAUCGGUAUCAAAAUCAAGUGAUGUUAGCAUUGAAAGCCCCGUAUCUACUGCAGUAUCUGUGAGUGGAGAAACUGCAUCACAAGGCAAUAAAGGAGAAACAGCAGGACCAAGUACAAGUGCUACUAACUUGGUUAGCAUAGGAGACAAAGGUACCUCUAAUGAAAGAGUAAAGGAUUCUGGUAUCAAGAGCUCUACUGAAGAUGGUGACAAAUCCAAAAUUAAUGAACCACAAAACAUCAACAAUAAUAAUGCAAGUAUUUGUACUUUCUCAGAUGUAAAAUCUACCAAAUUGAGUGAUUCUGAAAUCAAUGUCAGUUCUGUAGAUGGUAGUGCUCCCUCCUCAAGGGGAGACCAUAAAGAUACUGAUUGUGGAAAAUCUCCAAAGGAUGUCAAUUCUGGUAAGGAAGGAGUUAUUAUAAUGAAGAGUAAUGACCCUGUUAGCGCAAAUUUUUCACGUUCACCAAUUUCAAAUAUUUCCGUUGAAAAGAAUGUCGAAGAUCCACCCUCAUCCAAAUCAGCAUCACCAGGUCCAAGUGAUUUUGACUGCAGGAUCUCUGAAGGUGAAGUACAGUCUGGCAAGACCACCUUUAAGCCACUUCCAUCCACUUUACAACUGUGUGAUUCAGAGAAGAGUAAAGUAGCUGUAGUUGAAUCAAGUUCUAGUAUUGAAGACAGCGCUCAAAGCAAAACCCUACCUGCAUCAAGUUCAAAUCAUGAGAUUAGUUCAACAAAAGAAGCCAUAUUUUCUAAGGAAAAUAUUUCUGAUAAGGCUUCAGAUCUCAAAAGCAAGGUAACGGAAAUAAUUCAACCCAAGUUAACAGAUUCUAGUCAUAAAACAACCAAAACAAAGAAAGAUACAUCAGAUGAGUCUAGUAAUAAUAGUAAUGUAACAUCUGCAACUCCAUCUAAGGUUCUUCAGUCUUGUAGGAGGAACAGCAGUGUAGAAAAACCUGAGCUUGAAGUAAAGGGUUCAAGUAGUGAGAUCAGCACAACAUCAGAGUUGAGGGAACAUUUGCAAAUAAGUUCUGAUGUAAACCAAUCUGAGGAAGGUGGAAGGAAGCUGUUGGAUAGCUCAAGUGCAGACAUUAGUAAAAUAGAAUCAGUUUUGCCAAUAGGAACAACAUCUGAAGAAAAUACAAGUGGAAGUGUAGUGGUUUCCUCCUCUACAUUCAAGAAAUCUACAGAAAAUGAUGCAGUACUAGUAGACAGUAAUAUAAAUGACACAAAGACCGAAGUUGUUCCUGAUUCAAGCUCAGAAGGCUUGGUUCCAAGUGUCAAAAAUCAUGAAGGAAAUGCAGCUGUACUGCCUUUAACAUUUAGAUCCAGAUCAAAGGAGGCCAAAUUAUCUGAGAUUCAUACAGGUUCUGCCGCCAUUUUACAAAGGCCUGGUGCUAGUGAUAAUUCUGAGAAAGUACCUAGAAUAGUAACAAAAGCAAAACCUGCUGAUGAAAAGUUGUCUGAAUUGAACUUGCCUAAAUCAGAUUUUUCAUUGAAAUUACACAGCAAAAACAAAUUAGAGUCAAAACUUGGAAACUCGGGUACUAAAGGGGACAAUGUAACAGAGAAGCAACCUGAGAAGUCUCCAGAUACGUCAAAAAUCUUUUUAGAAAAAGGAAGUGUAAAGAUUCAAGAAAUUACCCAAAAUACUGCAUCAGCUAGCAUUGGAAUACCUAAAGUGGAGCUGGAGAGUACAAUGGAAGAGAAAAUAACAACCAAGUUGCCAUUAGUACCAGUAAAGAGGAAAGAAGGAAGUAUUGAUUUAUGUAAUGAGAAGAAUAUAAAGAAAUUAGAUUCUCCAGUGGAACCGAGUACAACUGUAUGUCAGCUAAAUGUUACGAAAAAACUCCUGGAGGAAGGUAAAACUUUAGAAGCACCGAAGUCUAUAGAGUUUGUUGGAUCAGCUGAAGUGAAACCUGGGUCACAAAAAUCAAAGGAAAAAGUGCAAGAUAUGUUAGCUGGAGCAGGAGAGAGUGGGUGUUCCAAGCAGCUUGGUAGUUCAAAGACUGAUGCGCUCUCUUUGAAUAUAAAAUCUGAGAUUCCAGGUUCUAGUAAAAGAGUGGAUGAAGGUGAAUCACUCACUUCAGCCAUCAGUCCAAAAUCAUUAGGAGAUAAAAUUCUUGAGAGUUUAGAUAUUGAAUCAGGACUGAGAACAGGAAGCAUUGUCAAAAAUAAGCAAAAUCCUGUAGUAGGUGGGGAUGUAUGCACUACUUUAGGGGGCAAGGAGUUAAAGGUAGGUCUUAAUAAGGGUUCUACUGAUGAAGAAACCAAAAUGACCACAUCAUCUGUGCCAGCUGCUUGCCAUGUUUUUGGACAAAACUUGGAUCACAUCAAAAUUCCGAAGGAGUCGAGUCCAGAAAAAAUAAAUAUUCCCACUGCAGUAGAUAUAAAAUUAGGAGCUACAGAAAGAGCCAAGGCCGAUACCAAGUCUUCCUUAGUACGUAAGGAUUUAACUGAAGAGCUAAUGUUGCUUUUACAUUCGAAGAUAAGUUCCCACCAGCCACCUGAAUCCUCUGCAGAAGACAGUGCAGUUUCAUGUAAAUAUGACCAUUCAGCAGCUUUAAAACCUCGGUUGGAAAGUGAAGAAAAACGGCUGGAUGUAGUGCAAACCAAUGUGUUGAAGGCUGUAUCAUCAUCUGAUAUUGAAACUGAGGUUAAAUGUGCACCACAGCAGAGUGUAGAGACGGCAGAUGUCGGUUCAGAAUUCAGGAGAAGUUUUGUUUCAAAGUUUUCUAUGACAGAAGACAAAACCAAACUUGAUGAACUACGUUCAGAAUUAACACAUCAGGUUUCAGCUUCCUCCAGCCCACAUUUGAAUAAAACAAAUGUGCACAAAGAUUCCAGAGUCGCAAAUUUGUUAAACCCUGGUGAUAUGAGGAAGGAGCUCUUGCAAGCCGAUUCUUUUACGCCACCUGCAUCUAGAGAAUCAAAUGCUAAGCUGAGUUCAGAUAAGGUUGACAUAUCUGCAAGUAGUAGCUCAUCUUUAGAAAAGACUAAAGAUGUAAAAGUGCCUAAACGUUCUUUAUCAAGUAAUGUUGCAGUUUCCUAUGAUUCAGGUUCUGUGGAAAAUAUCUGUAUGCCUAAUAUUUCUGUUGAAAAAUCUGUGAUAGACACUCAACUAGAAUCAAAGGACUGUUUGGAUGACAGGAAAGAAUCACAAUCAAACAUUUCACAUCAUUUGGGGACCUCUAUGCCUGAGACUCAAAGUUCAAAAGAAUUAUCAGGGUCGACAUUUAAAAGAAUUUACGACUUCACAGGUGUCGGUGUAGUCGUUCCUACUAAAAGCAAACUAGAUUCUCACACUAAUUCCAGUGUAUGUCAUAGUAGCAAAGAAAUGACAAUGCCUGUAGAUAAGUUUGAAACGUCAGACUCGAGCAGACUAGCUGUAAUAGAACCACCUUGUAUAAAAGCUAAUCCAGUGAAGUUACUGUAUUCAAAAGGAGUAGAAAAACUUAAUGAGCAAAAAGUAGAUUUUGGAAGAAAGACAAAUGAGGAAAGAAAAGACCACAUAGUUGAAACAGAAGUUAAAAGUACUGACAACAAGGAUUCUAUGAAGAAAGGGGCCAGUGCAUCAGUCAUUCAAGGUAAUGAGGGCCAAUUUAAUAUUCAUGAUGUUGCAGGUAAUGAAAAACCUGUUGUCAAAAAGGUAGACAAGCCAGACCAGAAAAUUGUGACACAGGAUUUAACAAUAGAGGGAGGAUUAAAUAUUUUCAGUGUAAGUAAAGAAAAUUCACCUGACCAGGUUAACUGCAAUUCAUCGUUGAUUGAGACUGGUCAUGUUCACAGAUCGGUACCUAGUAUCAUCACUUCAUCUGUUAGUUUGACAGAAACAUCUUUAACACACAGAGAUGCUACACCUAGGAAACCCAGAACUAAAACAGAUUUUAGUAGUAUUGAAGAUAUUGCUGGACUACAUACAAAAAAGGAAAAUGUAUCUGAUGGGCCAGAGAAGAGCUUCAUCUUCAAAAGUGAGAGCAGUGUCCAAAGUGGUGUGCAUUCAGUAAGUGAAAACACUGGUAACUUAGAUGAUAAGAGCAAGACAGACAAGUUUUUCAGUAAUGUUGCAGGUGUUAAAAGUAAAAUCUCUGACAAAGCUAACGAUUUUCAUCAAAGUAAAAUCUCGAGUACACCAUCUGUGAUUGAAAGUGCAGAGAAUGUGCAUAUGGAUAAAGAAGCAAAGUGUGUAGGUAGUAAAAGGCUUGAUGAUUCUCUUCAGAAGGAAAGUUUAGCCUGGAAACCAUCUGAUGAAUCUUCAAAACAGACUACCGAAAUCCCUUCCGUGGCAAAGCUGAGUGAUGUUGAAGAUAAGAAAUCUUUAAUAUCAUCAUCAAAACCUCUUGCUUUGAAAGAAAAAAGUAAAGCAAAUAACUUUUUGGUGAAAAACCCACCAAAGGAGGAGGGCUGUACGAUUACAAAAACCAGACUACAUCUAAUUCCGCUUCCAAAGAGCAUAAAUACUACUACUAUAAAAGCAGACCCAUCUUUCAGUGUUGCUUCAAGAAAGUUCAAGUCAUCUGGAGUAGAAUUGGAUAUACCCCUCCCCCCAGUUUUGAAAAUAGAAUCCAAUUUGGGUCGUAAGUCUUCAGAAGAAUUACCAUGUGACACAGUGAAAGCUUCAAGUAAUGAAUAUCUUGAUAAAACAGCUGGAAGUAGUAAUUUGUCUAUUAGUGGUCAUGACACUAGGAAAGACAGUAAUGUCUGUGCAGUCUCAAAAGAAAAGGGUGAACUGUCUCCUUCCACUGAAAAGUUAGACCAACCAAUUGUUCAAGAAAUAAGUGGUGGUUUGUCUCUUACCUCAGAAGAUACAGGGAAAGAUAAGCUUCGUUCAGGUGUCCCAGUCUUCAGACUAGGUAACUUGAAAACUAACAUAGUAAUGAGGGAAAAUAUUGAAUUAAUGAGUGCUGAUGGUGACAUGAUAAAUAAAAAAGCUAGGUCACAGUCUGAGCAAAAGAGGGAAAUGGAUAGUAAACGUUUAUUGACUGCAGAAAAAGAAGUAUGCAAGGAUUUAGUUGGCUUUAAAGGUAAAUCUGUAAGGGAAUCUAGAAGUGAUAUUCUUAAUACUGUAACUCACAAGAGUGCAACGGGUGUUUGUGAAACAACGGAUCUACGCCCUCUGGGUAGGAGUGAAGGCUUCAGGAAAGAGGGUGGGUUCUACGGUAGUUGUUUUGGUGCACGGCAUAAAGGUAACUUUGUACAAAAUGAGGAGAGAGUAGGCUAUAGAGAUUAUAUGCAAGACAGUACUGUGAAUUUUGAGAAAAGUGAAUAUCCUGGCUAUGCCAGUGUUUCCGGACAACAGAGCUCAAUACUCUCAGGCUGCAAAUCUCUAGGAAACUCGUCAAAGUUAGUUCAACAGAAAACUCCCAAAAUGAUGUCGUUAGGUGAUUAUCGGAGAAGUGAUGUUGAGACUUCUCAAGUCCAUCUAGAUAAAAAAGAGAGAGAACCUUUAAGAUUAGGAAGAACAAGUUUGAUAAAAGGUGGAAACUUAACCAAAUCUGAAAGUGACAGACUUGAGCAGAAGGACUCGCAGCAUUCGCAAGAGCAUAUGUUUGUGGAAAGUUGCAGUUCGAAUUCUGAACAGAAAUCUUUCCCGUUCUUUGAAUCCUCACGACCUUCCAUCGAUCAUCAAAACGUAGAUACUCUACCACAAUUGGAGAUGGCUCGUCGAAAGAAGAACGAGGUUGUGGCUGAAGCAAAGGUGAAGAGCCAGCCAUCUGAUUCUACAGUUGAAGAAAGUGACCAGAAUCAGCAAGAAGCUGACAAGAAUGAAGUUGGGAAGCCAUUAAACAAAGAUGCGGAAAAAGACGGGCAGAACCAGAAGGAUCCCAAUGGUGAUAUACAAGAGGGGAGAUCUUCAAGGAGGAGUUCCAGGAGCAAAAGCCUUGACGAGGCAAAUGACAAUAGUAAAGACAUCACACAAGAUGGCGAGGCCAAACAGACGGGGUCCUCAGAGGUUAACACCUCUCAUAGGCGCUCCAGGAGUCAGAGUUUGGAAAAGGACAGUGGCAGUGUUCCCUCCAGAAGGAAUAGGAGGAGAGGUUCAAGAAGUGAAAGUACUGAGAAUGCAAAUGAAGACAGUGAGAAAGAUGAGAAUUCUCUCGGUGGUCAGAAGCUUAAAAGCAUCGAGGAGGAGGUCGUGGAGAGCUCCCUGAAGAUCCGUGAUGAUGAUCUCUUCUUGGACCAGGAUGAGGAGUCUCAAGAUCCCCAAGAAGAGACAAAAGAAACUGAAGAGGAUCAGGAGUCCGCUGCCAAGGAGAAGAGGCCCUUCUCUGCUGGAGGUGAGCAGGGAAAAUCUAAAAAGAGUCAAGAUGAGAAGGAGAACUUAGAUAACAGUAGUAAGAACAAAGAUGACAAAAAGAAGAGAAAAGAAAAGGAGGACAAAGGCAGAAGGGAUGAAGGGAAGAAGAGACGUUCCAGUAGUCACAAGGAUACUGAAGAAAAGGGAACUAAAGACUCCAGAGAGAAUGAGGCCGAGAAGAAAGACUCUGGAAAACAUGGCAAGACUGAUAAAGAUGAUGACCCAGAUAGCAGGCAUGCCACCAAGAAACCAAGGGAUCGAUCCAAGUCUCGCAGCCGUUCCAGCGACUCGUCGCGAUCGCCAUCUCCAAAGAAGUCGAGGCAUGAUCUCUCUCGCAGGCGCUCUCAGGAUGAGAGGAAGGAGGGUAAAGAAAACGAUAAGAAAAAAGAUUCAAGACACCACAAGGAUAGCAAUGAUGAAUCCAAAGAGGCUCCUAAACCUAAGCUCCUUCGAAAUGAACCAAAAGGUCCUCCAGAAGAUGCUGAAAAUGAUCAUAGAAAGAGUAGGAAGGAUUCUCUCAUGGAUGACAAAUCACACAGUGAUGCUUCGAAGUCUCCUUCCCCCAACAAAGCACGUGGUCGUUCUUCCUCCAAUUCUUCCGAUAGUUCCAGGUCAAGAUCUGGAUCUAGACGCAAGAAGUUUGAUUCCAGCAAGCAUGGCUCAGGAAAAAGACGUUCAUCUAGAGAUGGAUCCCCGGAUGGUGACAAAUCUUCACACAAACCGAUAUCUUUCCAUGGAUCAGAUAGAAGAUCGAGACGGUCCCAUUCACGAUCAAGGUCUCCAAGGUCUAAGUCACAUAGAGGAAGAUCACGUUCGAGAAGUCCAAGGAGAGGUUAUUCACGUACUAGCAGUAGGAGGGAUCGCAGGCACUCAGAUAGAAGUGAGCAUGACGAGGAGAAAGAAAACAAAGAAACUAAAGUUACUAUUGACUAUUCAAAUUUUAAAUCUGUUAGGAAAGUAAGUUUGUCCAGGACUAAAUCACGUGAAGAUGAAAAUAUCCAAGAUGGGGAGAAACCAAAGAAAUGCAAGUGGGGUAAUUCAACAAAAAAGACAGCUGUGGAUAUAUCCUCUGCUUCACUGAAGGAACUUAUACCCGACGUCAAGCCUUUGUCGGAGUGGGAGGUGCGGAUGGAUGAUGAUGAAUCUGAUCUGGAAUCAGGAGAAGCCAGUGAUGAAGGUCCAGAGCUGCCUCCACAGAUGAAGGAAGCAGAAGAAUUUGAAGAGGAGACAGCUAAUGAUGGUCAUAAAUCUAAAUCUAGGAGAGAAGUGAGAGAAGUGUCACCUCUGGUUAAACAGAAGCGACAUUCCCGUUCCAACUCCCCAGAAGAAAAUGAAUAUAGGAAGAUAAGAAUGUUUGAAGGACCUGCACCAGUCAGCAAACCUGCUAUUGCUCCAGCUCGUAAUAAAUCCUCCAGAGUUGUGUGUAUUAACAACCUCACCAGACCUUUCACCAUCAAUCAGUUACGGGAACUGCUUCAAAGAACGGGACGUUUAGUAGAUAAUGGAUUUUGGAUAGAUAACAUAAAGUCUGUGUGCUUUGCCAUGUAUGAGACAGAAGACCAAGCCCAGGAGACUCGUGUAGCUCUUCAUGGGGUAAAGUGGCCUGUCUCAAAUCCUAAGAACUUGCACGUUGAUUUUUCAACUGAGGAGGAGAUGAAAAAGAAAAUGGAAAAUUUCUCCCCACCAUUCCAGAAGGCCAUGGAAGACAGACGUGAUGAAAGAUGGAGGCGGGAAGGACAGGUGCGAGAGUGGGACUUGGCGAAGAUAGGGGAGCGGUCGCCGGGGGAGAAGGAGCGGGAACGGGAGAGGCUGCGCAAGGAGAGGGAGGAGGAGCGGUUACGAGAACGUCGAAAGAGUCAUAGCCCUUCAGAAGGAAAUAAAACAACUCCCAAACCAGAGCCUCGAGCAACUAAAAGUCUAGAUGAUCUUUUUAGGAAAACAAAAGCUCGGCCAGGUAUUUAUUGGCUUCCAUUAACACCUGAACAGAUUGCAGAGAAGGAGAUCCAACGCCGCCAGAAAAUGUUGGAAGUAGAAAGACUAGAGGCUGAAAUGCGUGCUGCUAAAGAAAAAGAGCAGGAGGAAUGGGAACGUGUCCGAGCCGAGCGCAGAAAGGAACGCGAGAGAGAACGCGAAAAGGAACGGGAGAGGGAGAGGGAGAGAGAGAAAGAAAGAGAAAGAGAGAGAGAGCGUGACCGUGAACGUGAAAAAGAAAGGGACAAAAACAACAGGAAGUCGAGGUCCAGAUCAAGGUCCCGUCGAAGAAGCAGAUCUCCUCGAAGGUCACCGAGGAGGUCUCCGAGGAGAUCUCCUCGUAGAUCACCAAGAAGGUCAUCUGCUAGGAGGUCCCCAGCAAGAAGGUCACCAAAGAGAUCACCACGUAGAUCACCAGGAAAAUCUCCCAGAAGGUCACCCCGAUCACGUCGAUCGCCUAGCAGGGAGUCUCGUAGGUCACGGCGUAGAAGUCGGAGUCGCUCUCGAUCUCGCACUUGAAUCUACAGUGAUAACAACAGCAAUUGAAUGAAGGGGGUAGAGGAAAGAGCAGCAGCACAUACGAUGCAGUGCCAAGAACACCCAAGGAUUAAAAUUCCAUGGAGGUUACAGAAUUCAAAGUAAAGCUACAGAAUCUGCCUAUGCACCACCUCCAUAAACCAGCCCUUCAUCACUUUAAAGGUUAUUUAUCUUCAUUUAUGAACCCCUCCUUCCAUCUGACACAUACACAAAUACCCCCUUCCUUCAUCCUACCCAUUACAAGUCCCUCUUACCUCUUCACAGGUUAUCUCCAUCACUCAGUGCUCUUCUGAUUGUAGCAGUAGGUUCUCGCUCUCUCAGGACUUGACAUCUCGAAAUUGUUCAUGUUAGGAUUUGUGGGAAAAUGAGUAAACAUUGUCUUUCUUUUGUUUUUCACUAGUAAUUUAUAAGGUUAGUUGUAGGAGAGUGAUAUUUUUCAUAAUACAUUUGGUAAGUAUGAAUAGGCUGCUUUUUUUAUUUGAUUAAUUUAAAUGGAUAGUGUAGAAUAGGAAAUCUUAUCUUUAAUUUUGUUUAUUGUAUCAGAAGAGCAUUGGGUGAUAAGGGAAGUGUUGAAAGCGUUUUGAAUGAAGAGCCACUGCACUGUAUGAGCAACAGCGUUGAUUCUUCAAGAGAUCCGGCGGGAACUUCGAGCAACUUAAGAGAUCGACUGUUUUACUUUUGCUUCACCAUGGAAUGUUAUAACAUCUGCAGUAUAUAUAGUGAUUCCAAGACAAAGGAUGUUCAUAACAACCCAGUUGCUGACAAAUAGCUUUGUGGAUAUAAUAUGGAAACCUUGUAGAAAAGUUGUUUGUUUAUACCACUGUCCUAAAAGGAGAAACAUUACGGAGACAAUGUUACGGAAACAAAAUGAUAUGGUUCAAGUACUUUCACCAAUUUGGAGUCGGAAGUGAUUAAGAGUACAAAAGAACUGACUUUUCUGCUCAGAGAUUUUGUUCUGAUAAUGUAUUUUAGACGGGAGAAAAGGACAUUGUAAAUACUGUAAUGAUUAUUCACACCACUCAGAAGUGCAGUACUGUACAUGGACAUAUACAAUGUACAACACUUGCCUAGUGCUGUGCAUACUAUGCCAGUUUAUUUGUUUUGAAUACAUUACUAUGGAAAAGUGUGAUUUAGUGAAAACUUAGCCAAUUUUAUUGGGAAAAUAAAAUAGCACCCUUA